AGUAAGGUAACCUAUCAAGGGAAAUAUAGAGAGAGGUAGUUUAAGUCCCGCUAUCAAUCUGCUGUGAGCUGCCAAUAUAGCACGGUGCAGGCAAGCACAACAACCAAGCAGAGCGGCAAGUGCUACAACGAGGAUUGAACGACUCAAUUAAGAAGAUGACGGAUGGUCCACGGCAAAGGGGGAAUGGAGCGGGAUCCAGCGGGGAUGUCGCGGCAGAGUCAGCAAAGGACUCUGGAAAUUCUGGGGUGGCGUUGAAGAAGGAGAUUGGUCUCGUCAGCGCGUGUGGAAUUAUUGUCGGUAACAUCAUUGGUUCCGGGAUCUUUGUGAGUCCAAAAGGUGUACUGGAGAACGCGAGCUCAGUGGGCUUGGCGCUGAUUGUUUGGAUCAUUACGGGGCUCAUCACUGCCAUUGGUGCCCUCUGCUAUGCCGAGCUGGGUGUCACCAUCCCCAAAUCCGGAGGGGACUAUUCCUAUGUCAAGGACAUCUUUGGUGGACUGGCUGGGUUUCUACGGCUGUGGAUCGCAGUGCUGGUGAUCUACCCCACGAACCAGGCGGUCAUCGCUCUUACGUUCUCCAACUAUGUCCUGCAGCCCCUCUUUCCCACCUGCUUCCCCCCAGAGACUGGCCUCCGACUGCUCGCAGCGAUCUGCCUGUUGCUGCUGACAUGGGUAAACUGCUCCAGUGUACGAUGGGCCACGCGGGUCCAGGACAUCUUCACUGCAGGGAAACUUCUAGCCCUCGGCCUCAUCAUCAUUAUGGGCAUCGUACAGAUCUGCAAAGGAGAGUACUACUGGCUGGAGCCUGUGAAUGCCUUUGAGCCCUUUCAGGACUACGACGUUGGCCUGAUCGCGCUCGCGUUCCUGCAGGGCUCCUUCGCCUACGGCGGCUGGAACUUUCUCAACUAUGUCACAGAGGAGCUUGUGGACCCAUAUGUGAACCUCCCUCGGGCCAUUUUCAUCUCCAUUCCCUUGGUGACGUUCGUUUACGUUUUUGCCAAUAUUGCGUACGUCACCGCUAUGAGUCCCCAGGAGCUGCUGGCCUCCAAUGCUGUAGCUGUGACGUUUGGAGAGAAAUUACUGGGAGUGAUGUCAUGGAUCAUGCCCAUUUCUGUGGCACUGUCCACUUUUGGGGGCGUCAAUGGCUCCCUGUUCACCUCCUCACGGUUGUUCUUUGCUGGUGCGAGAGAAGGCCAUCUGCCCAGUCUUCUGGCCAUGAUCCACGUCAAACGCUGUACUCCAAUCCCUGCUUUGCUCUUCACUUGUUUAUCCACUCUCCUGAUGCUGUGCACCAGUGAUAUGUAUACUCUUAUCAACUACGUUGGAUUUAUUAACUACCUUUUCUAUGGGGUCACUGUUGCCGGGCAGAUUGUGCUGCGCAUAAAACAGCCAGACAUGCAUCGGCCAAUCAAAGUGAGUCUGGUUUGGCCCGUGAUUUACCUGCUCUUCUGGGCCUUCCUGCUGGUGUUCUCGCUGUACUCGGAGCCCGUCGUGUGUGGCAUCGGCCUGGCCAUCAUGCUGACCGGCGUGCCCGUCUACUUCCUGGGCGUGUACUGGGACAACAAGCCCCAGUGCUUCAACACCUUUGUCGAUAAGAUGACGUACCUGGGACAGAAGUUCUGCGUGGUAGUGUACCCUGCUGAAGAAGGGAAAAAAGAUGACGGUUGUGGAGAGGAGGGAAUCGAAAUGAAAGAGGAGAUGUCUCCGCUGUCAGGGGACGGGGAAACGUCGAAAUCGGCCGAACACUGAAUACACGCAGACGCACAUA